AUGCCUGCGGUAGAUCCCCUAAUGAAGGCCCUGAUGGAGGUCAAGAUGCUCGCCUCCCGUUCCCGCAAAGAAGCCGAAAAAGCCAACAAAACCCGUCUGUCAGAAGAAGCCAAAGCGUCCCGCGCGAUGAAAAAUCGUGAAUUCCAAAUCGCGCAAAUCCACUCCCAGUCCGCCGUGCGCGAGCACCAUCGCUACGUCUCCCUGCGCUCCGAAGCUGCCGAAGCCGAGGUGCUCGUCAACGACCUGAAAGCAGCAUACAGCACGCGGGAACGUGCUCGUUCACUCGCAUAUGCUUCCAAAGCUCUCGAGGGCGCGUCACGCACUAUAAAUCUGGAACGGGUGUUGGCCACAGCGAAUUCGUUUUUGGAGAGGAGUCAAGAUUUCAAGAUUGCCAGUAGUGCCAUUAGGGAUGUGUCGCAGGGGGUGCAAGAGCAGAGUUUGGGCGGUGAGGGUAAGGAGGAGGUUGAUAGGCUGAUGCAGAAGUUGGCAGAUGAAGCCGGUGUGGAUAUGCGGGAGCAUUUGGAGGCGAAUGCAGCCCCGGAGGGCGAGGUGGGGGUCCGGGAAGGGGCGGGGAAGCAAAAGGAAGAGGAUGGGCUGGAUGCGCGGUUAAGGGCGCUGAGGGCGUGA